CUAUUAUUCACUAAAAUUGAAAAUGUUCUAUUCUAGUUUCAGUCAAAUUUGGUGUUUAAUACCAGUUUUUUUAUUAAAAACAGCAAUAGGAACAGCAAUAGGUGAAAAAUUGCUAAAUAUUGCUGAUCUGUCAAUGAAUUCUAGUUGUACUGCUGAAUCAACAAGACCUUCAACUGAUUUAUUUACAUUCGAAUGCGAAAAUGCUUUAUCUCCACAAUGGAUUAAUAUAAAUCCUUGGAUUUCGAACUGUAGUCCUAGUUGUUAUAAAGAAAAAUAUUCGUUAACAUUUAAAAAAGAGUAUGAUAUUUGCGAAAUAUGCCUAUCUCAACCAUUUUUUAAUGAUGAAAAUAAGGUAAAACAAGUUGAAUUUUGCUUUAAUGGCCAACAAUCGAUGAAUGUUAAAUUGGAUAUGGAAAAAAAUAUUGAAUGUUACCUACCCAAACUGAAUUAUGGAAAAAAUGUUCAAACGAUGACAUUCAUCAUUGGUCAUCGUUAUAAAAAUAGAAAUACAGGCCUAAGUUCAAUAGUGAUAUAUGCCUAUGAUAAUGAUACAUCAGAAAAUAUGACAUCUGCUGACUAUUUUACAGAUGUUUCUUCAACAGCAAAUGGAGCGACUUGUACUGCAAAAAGUCAACUAUCUGAAAAUUGGAAUUGUCGAUUGGCUCUAGAUUUUCAAAGUUAUCUUUUUUUUAAAAAUAAGCAAGAAUGGGUGGCAGAUUGCACAGGAAGUGACUGUAUUGGACAAUAUAUAAAUAUUACAUUUGAAAAAUAUGGCAAACCAACUAUAUAUUGCCUUACAAAUAAACAAUCAUCUAAAAUGUAUAUUAUAAAAGUAAUGGAAAAAUGGACUUCUGGUUUAAUAAAAUUACAAGAUUUAAAACCAAAUCAAAAGCAGCAAUGUUUUGAGUAUAAUGAAGAAUUUAUUGAAACUGGACUAUAUCUAGAAUCAAGAGAGAUACAAGCUAAUAAAAAUAUUGGAUUUGCACAAGUUCAAGUGUUUGUAAAGGAGUUAUUUGCAAGAGACUACACACUAGCAGGCACUUCCACUUAUGCUUAUAAACUUCCAUCCUACAUUCAUAACAAAUUUAAAUCAUUCAGUUUUCAAUUGUUCAAAAGAAACAGUAGCUUUUCAGAUGAUUGUGGUGACAUAAUAAUUUCAUUCUAUUCCAAUAUGGAUGUUGUAUUUAAAAUUUUCAUAUCAAAUUUAUUGAAGAGCUAUAUUGAAAUUGUAACUCCUAAUUUCAUAGUCAAAGCAAUGGAAGUCGAUAAAUUUUUUAUUCUUUGUAAUGAAACAAAUGAUUUUUGGAUUUCUAUGUCUAAUGAUACGAUUCAAUUUGGCAAGGGCCUAUUGUAUAAUGUAAAUACAAUUUUAACUACUCAGUUCAAAGUCAAUAGAAUUACAGAAGUGUCAUGGAAAUCUAAAGAAUCCAGUUUUAAAAAUAGCAUCAAAAUUAAUGACAUAGAUGGACGAAACGUUUUUAUACAUAAUAGAGAAUCGUGUUCAAAAGUACCAAGCCAAUAUCUAACUGACAGACUGGUUUCUACUUGCGUUGCUCUACCAAAUAAAUCAACUAUAAUUGAAACUAUUAAUUUAAAUGGAAUACCAAUCAAUAGGCAUUCAAUAAAAACUAAACCGGAAAUUGUUUUGAAAUUUGACAAACAUUUAUUUAACUUCAUCCAUGUUCAAGUUGGUUAUAAAAACUCUUACAAAGAACAUGACGUAAUGUUUUGUACAUUGAAAAUUGCGGCUAUUAGCAAUAAUAAUUAUCAUAGAUUUGUUUUUACGUGUGAUCAACUGAAUAGUACAAUUACAAAUUUAUACUUUAUGAUCAGUACAACUGCAACACAAUUGAGUAGUGUUGAAAUUUGUCAUGUAAAUCCUUAAAAAGAAAAAAAAUGCUUUAACGAAUUUUAAAAUGUUUUGUUUGUGAUUCACUAAUUCUCAACUAUGUCAUUGUUGGGAUUAGGAAAAUGUUGUUCCAAUUUUGGGGAAUCUUUUCCUCUGUUUAGCAUUUGUGACUCUUUAAAUAUUUCAAAAAUAUAAAAUGUGACUGUAAUUUUCAAUCUAAGUGUGAAUAUCUUUCAAACAUUGUCACGUGAUGUGCUUUGCCAAUUUAUGUAUUUGGAAGUUAAAACAGUACUGGUUCUACUCGA